UCAAGGCUCUUAUUGAAGGUAAUGGCAUGAUCGGGUGGGUUCUUAGCUCCCUCUCCAAGUCUCUCUACACGGAUCAUGACGUCGAACGACCAUUGAAUUGCGGAUUUUCAAAAGGGGCAAGCGUCGAAGAAGAUUUGGAUCAUGGAGGACAAGGGCAAAGGAACGGACAGAUGGACCGGCGCCGUUGCCAAUCUAACUGAGAUGGCUUCCAACUUGGAGUCAUUCCAGAAGCUUUUACUCAAGAAAGCUGUCUAUGUCGACGAACAGACGUUUGCCAGAGCUUCAUUGUGCUCCCAACAAGCAAGGACGAUCAAGGUUCUUGAUCAAAGGGUUGAGACUUUGGAAAGGGAACUUGAUGCUGCUAUCACUGCUGCUGCUCAUGCUCGUUCAGAAAAACGUCAGGCUGAGGCAGCACAAAAAACUGCUGAACUACACGUGCAGGAGGUCACUCGAGAGCUCGAGAACACUACAAAGGUAUUUCAACUGCAUAUGGAUGAAUUGCGCGCGAAACAGGAAGAAAUCAAUAAACGUGAUAAGGAUAUUAAGCUCUUGGAAGCAAUAAUUCAGACUCUUGGAGGGAAAAAAUGACGUUCAGCAAAUCUGUGAGGAUUUGGUUUUUAUAUUUAAAACCCUGGUGGCACCACAGUGAGUAGCUUAUUGUUAUAUCUGAUUUUCCUCUGUUAUUACAAACAACAUUGAGUUGCCUGUUUUAUAAGCUCUUAUCCCUAUUCUACAUAGCAGUUUUCUUGAUUGGUUGGUGAUGAGUUAACUAGAGGGUGACAUGUACCAAGUGGCUGUGAAGUGCUAAAGAAUAGAUGUGAUGCUCUUAAGUUUAUUCAAAGGCAUACAAAAAGAUAGCUCUACUCGAGGAACCGAGCAUAAAAAAAGGUUGGUACCGGUAUCGGAAUCAACUUAUAUGUAUCUUGAUUGAUCUCAUGGGAUAACUUUAUGACUUUACAAUAUUAGAUCGAAAGAAUUCAAAUUUGUAAAACUGUAAUGUUCUAUGUAGAUGGCGGUUAUAGAGUUUGAACUU